AUGGUCAAAUCAAGAGCAUCGAGAGGUAUUCUCCUGACCUCCAAUUUACCUCAAUUACAAAACCUAAUCAAGCGUGAUCCAGAAGGGUACAAAGAAGAGUUCCUCACUCAAUACAAUCAUUAUCUAUCUCUACUCAAACUCCAACAAGUAUCAUCCGUUACUUCAACUUCGACAAGCUCAACGACCGAUAAGUCAAACGAACUGUUCGGCGAUUUGAUAACGUUUAUUAGUCAAGUCGCACAAUGUUAUCCUACCGAAACCAAGGAAUUACCUUCCCAACUCAAAGGUUUGUUAUUGGGUACAGAAGGUGGACAAACGGUCAAGGGUGAUUUGAGGAGAACAGUGGUGAAGAAUCUGGUAAUGUUGAGGAACAAGGAGAUUAUCGACUCGAUCGAACUCCUUCAGAUCCUUCUUCCACUCCUGCCUCAAGUCCCCUCUGCCUUACGAGGGGUCAUCAGACAUACGAUCUUAACAGAUAUCAAGACCUCCAAUCAAAAAACCAAGAAUCACCGAUUGAAUAGAGUGGUGCAGAGCUUGUUAUUUGGUAUGGUUGAAAGUGGUAUGGGAGCUGAAGUUGUUGGUGACAAAGGGAAGGGUAAAGGGAAAGAAAGAGGAGGUGAGGCCAUGUGGGCGGUUAUGAUGGUCAAAGAAUUGUGGAAGAAGGGUGUCUGGAACGACGCAAAGACGGUGUCAAUAGUAGCUCUCGCCGCAUUCCAUCCAAACACCAAAGUUCAAUCUGCAGCACUCCAUUUCUUCUUAGGAUCAGAUAACGAAGAUGCUGAGGACACCGAUUCGGACGAAGAGGAGAUCAGAGAAGCGAGAAGGGGAGUGAAGAAGAUGGAACAUCGUAUGGAGGUUGGUAAGAGCGGUAGAAAGAAGGACAGAAUGUUGGCGCAGAUGAAGAGGGAGACCAAUAAGAAACGAGCCAAACACGCUGCUGGUCUUGGCAACACACCUAAUUUCCCUGCUUUGGAAUUGUUACAUGAUCCUCAGACUUUUGGAGAGAAAUUGUAUGAUAAUCUACAUAAGCAUGACAAAAUCUAUUCUCUGGAUCACAAGAUUUUGAUUAUGCAGCUCCUUUCCCGAGUUAUGGGAACCCACAAACUCUGUGUCUUGGGUUUCUAUAGUUACAUCAUUAAAUACCUCACCUAUCAUCAACUCCAAGUCACCCUCAUCCUCGUUUCUCUCGCUCAAUCAGUACACGAGCUCACGCCUCCUGACGUACUUACGCCUGUCAUCCGAAAAUUGGCUCAGGAGUUCGUUCACCCUGGUGUAGGAGCUGAGGUCAUCGCAGCUGGUUUGAAUGCCAUUAGAGAAGUGUGUAGAAGACAACCUUGGUGUAUGGAAGAAGAUCUUCUGAGCGAUUUGAUUGAAUAUAGGAAGAGUAAAGAUAAAGGUGUUGUAACUGCUUCAAGAGGUUUGUUGCAGUUGUUCAGAGAAGUCAAUCCGGGUAUGCUCAAAAGACGAGAAAGAGGAAAAGCAGCUUCGAUGGGACUUAUCGGUAAUCAAGUUCUUGCCUAUGGACAUUCCAAAGAUGCUGCAGAAGGUAUCGAGGGAUUGGAACUUCUGGAAGAACAUUUCGCUCAAAUGAGGAAAGAAGCCAAUGGAGGUGUAUCUGAUGAAGAAGGUUCGGAUGUGGAAAUGGCGGCAGACGAGGAUGAUGAGCAAGGAUGGGAGAAUUGGGAUGUCGAAUCCGAAAGCGGAUCCGAAUCAAGUGGAUGGGAAGAUGUUUCGUCAGGUGAUGAAGAUUUAGAAAUUUCUGAUUCGGAUGAUGAAGAUGAUAGAAAGAGGGACAGGAAGGAAAAGAAAUUGAAAAAGAAAGGUAAAAACACCAAAAAGGAUGAUAGUGAUGACGAAGAUGAGGACGCUAAGAUGGAUGAUGAAGAAGAUGAUGAGAUGGAUGAUGCGAAAUCGACUGUAUCGGCUGCUACUACUGCUGUAUCGCAAGAUACCAAGAAGUUGUCUUUGCUCGCUCAACAAAAGAUUCUUACUCCAGCAGAUUUCGCAUUACUCAAUGAACUUCGUCUAAAAGCCGCCAAAUCCCUAGCCGAAUCCGGUGGAGGAUCAGGAGCCAAACGUAAAUUAGCUGCUUUGGAAGCUUCCAAACGACAUGUUGAUGCCGAUGAAUCAGAGAGGUUCUUAACUGAAGCUGAGAUAUUGGGACCUCGUAAGAAAGUUAAAGCGACAUGGGAAGAGAGGAUGGAGUUGGUUCAAAAAGGAAGAGAAGGAAGAGAGAAGUUUGGUAGUUUGAAGGGGAAGAAGAAGAAGGAAACUCCAAGUAGUUCUACGAAUAGGGAGAAGGCGAGGAAUAAACCUAUCAUGAUGGCUUUACAUUCCAACAAGGUUAUGCAGAAGAAGAAAGCUUCCUUGAGGGAUAAACAAAUCAAAUUGAGAGCUGCUAUAGAUAAGCAGAAGAAGCUUAAGCAUUAG